GCGGAGCGGAAGCGGAGUGCGAGGGGCGAGAGGAGUACUAUCUGCUCACGCCGGGAGCCCACCUCGUCCUGACUCCAAACCCCGGCCUUUCUCCAUCCCGACGUGGAGGCUGUUCCUCCACUGCGGGACGCAGCUGACGCCCGCUAAUCGGCUUUGGCUGCGCCCCUCCGGCUCGGGAGCCCAGUGGCGGCGGUGACCGUGACGAGAAGCCCACGAGCAAGCUCAGUUCUGUUCUACUUUGGGAAAGAGAGAGGAAGUCAGAUGCCCUUUUUAAACUCGCUCUUCAAAACUCAUCUCCUGGGUUACUGUUUUACAGAGUUAAUAUAAGAGUGGAGGCAACUUUGCUGAAGAUGAAGAUUAUACCAUAUUAGAAGAGUUUUUUUCUUUCAAAAGUCUUGAUUGUUUGGAGGCUUAUCUCCAGUUACUGCUUUUAAAUCAAGUCUGUUUGCUUCAUCAGAAAUGUUUUUUACAAUCUCAAGAAAAAAUAUGUCUCAGAAAUUGAGUUUACUGUUGCUUGUAUUUGGACUCAUUUGGGGAUUGAUGUUAUUACAUUAUACUUUUCAACAACCAAGACAUCAAAGCAGUGUCAAGUUACGUGAACAAAUACUAGAUUUAAGCAAAAGAUACGUUAAAGCUCUAGCAGAGGAAAAUAAGAACACAGUGGAUGUUGAGAAUGGUGCUUCUAUGGCAGGAUAUGCGGAUCUGAAAAGAACAAUUGCCGUCCUUUUGGAUGAUAUUUUGCAACGCUUAGUGAAGCUGGAAAACAAAGUCGACUACAUGGUUGUGAAUGGCUCUGCCACCAACACAACCAAUGGUACUAGUGGGAAUUUGGUGCCCGUAACCACAAAUAAAAGGAUAAACGCAUCAGGCAGCAUUAGAUAGCAGUUGAAGAUCACCCUGUUGUGCUACGUCCACCGUGGAUUAUAUCCUAUUGCAGAAAACCUUUUGAAUUGCUGGCUAGGACAAAAGAAUCCUUUUAAAAAGCUCCAUGUGUUUUCAAGGAGUGUGCUGGAUUCAUGGAACUCUUAAUUCUGUAUAUAAAAAUUUAAAAUGUUAUUAGUUUGUUAUCAGACAAGUCUCUUCAUUGCUGUAAUAUAUCCUUAAAGGGAAUUUGAUAACAUGGUUAAUGUAGUAUUAAGCAGGUAGGUGAUCUUGUAUAAAUCUUUUGAGUUUGAGGUGAA